UGGGAGGAGGAAUGGGGGGAAUAGCAGGAGGAAUGGGGGGAAUGGGAGGAGGAAUGGGCAGUGGAGGAAUAGGGUCAAGAGCUGGUGAGCCUUACCGCCUGGCCACUCACGAAGCUCCUACCUCUCCUAGACAUAUGCAGUCCAGCCAGGCCUCUGGAAUGGGGCAGGGUCCAGGGUCUGGUCAAGGGAUGGGUCACGGUCCAGCUGGGUCUAGCAUGGGGGGUCAUGGAGGUCAAAGUCCUGGUCAACAUGCCUCUCGCCGAAACCUCCAAGUUGACUUCAGUGGUUCCGGCGGUUCCAGGACAGGUCGGUCUCCUUCUUUGUCUCCUGACCGUGGUGUGACACCCACCUCACCAUACUCAGUGCCACAGAUAGCACCCAUGCCGAGCAGCAAGCUGUGCCCAGUGUGCACCACCACAGAGCUGUCUAACCCACCGGCUGUACCCAACUACAACACCUGCACCCAGUGCAAGGCCACUGUCUGCAACCAGUGUGGAUUCAACCCCAACCCCCACCUCACUGAGGUCCAGGAAUGGCUGUGUCUGAACUGUCAGAUGCAGAGAGCUCUCGGCAUUGAUAUGACCACGCCUCGUUCUAAGAGCCAACAGCAGAUUCACUCUCCGUCCCACCAAGCCAAGCCGAUUGUCCAGCCUCAGCAGCCUGCGCCUCAGCCAACACAGCCGACAGCAGCAGCGCAGCCAAAAUCUUUGGCACAGAGUCAGCCCACCCAGCGGCAGCAACAGCAGCAGCAACAGCAACCUCAGUCUCAGCCCUACAGCCAGACUCAGCCCUACUCCCAGUCGCAGCAGUAUCCACAGUCUCAGCAGCAGUCAUAUGCUUCAUCACAGCUAGGGUCCCAGACUCAGUCUUAUACAUCCCCUGGCUUACAGAGACAUCCAGGCCCUGGUGGCUCCCAGUCUCAUACAGGGCCUUCUCAGCAGGGUAUGAGAUCUGAUCCAUACUCCCAGACCGGUCCUGGAGCUCCAGGAACUAUUAGAGGUCCCACAGGAGGCUUUAGCCAACCAGGGGGUCCUCGGAUUCCUCACCCUGGUGCAGUACCCCUCCCUGGUUUGACCAAGGCACCUUCCCAACCAGAUUUGGGUCGUGGUUCCCCAAUGCACCAAUCUAUGGCACGCCACGACCAGACCAGAAGUGCUGGAUCCUCCCCAGCCCACAGACCUCAGAGUCAGGCCCCUCCUGCCCAGGAUGGCCUGACCAAACUGUUUGGCUUUGGGGCAUCACUGCUUAAUCAGGCUAGUACCUUGAUCAAUGUUGACCCGCUACCUACCGCCUCCACCCAGCCAAGCCCUGCACGAGGCAAGGUGGUGUUCAGUAAUGCAACACCUGACAACAGGCAGCAACAACAAGGGACCACCAGUACUAAACCAUUCACUAUGGGGGGCCCUCAUGCUCCAAGCCAAAUGGGUGGUCCUAAUGUUCAAAGUCAAAUGGGAGGUCCUUAUGCUCCAAGCCAAAUGGGGGUUCCUCAUGCACCGAGCCAAAUGGGAGGUCUUCAUGCACCAAGCCAAAUGGGUGGUCCUAUGGGUGGACCCCAUAUGCCAACCCAGAAGCAACAGCAGCAGACCGUGCCCCAACAACAAGAAAUGCAGAAGCAGUCACCUGCUCAUCAACAGAAAGGACAGCAAGGACAAAAAACACAACCACAAGGACAGCAACAGCAGAAAACACCUACUCAUCAGCAGAAAGUGCAGCAGAAGCAGGAGCCUGUGGCAGCAGCACCUGUGGUUGCUCCAGAGCCUGUGAAACCCAAAGUGAACUGUCCUCUUUGUAAAACAGAGCUGAACAUCGGCAGCUCCGACCCACCUAACUACAAUACCUGCACGCAGUGUCACAGCCAAGUGUGUAACUUGUGCGGCUUCAACCCAACACCACAUCUGGUGGAGAAAAAAGAGUGGUUAUGUCUCAACUGCCAGACGCAGCGGCUGAUGUCUGGAGAAGGUCUUGAUGAGCCUCCACUUCCUGUUCCUCAUCCGUCUCCCAAGCACCAACCCACGGGCUCGCCUCGACAUCAGACACCAAUCAGUCAGCAAAGUCCCCUCCACAAACCUACCACCCAGCAAGGGACCAAGCCAGGCCAGCCCCAAACACAGAGCCAGAAGCCACAGGCGGGAAGUGUCGUUAGCAGCCCGUUUGCACCCGCAGCUGCCAAACAGCCAACUGAGACCAAGACUACAGCACCAUCCACGACACCAGUAACAACCACUGAGAUCGAGAAACAGUCAAAACCAUCAGAGGAAAAGCUCAAGACUGAGCCCGAGAACCAAACUUCCAAAGAGACCAAGCCCUCCCAGAAGAAAGGAGAGCAGAUCACACCGAUCAAGGACAUUAAGAAGUCCAGGCACUAUGAUGAUACAAAAAACAACAGCACCCACGACUUAUCACGCAGCCCUCAGAGUCUCAGUGACACUGGCUACUCAUCUGAUGGUAUCUCCAGCUCCCACAGUGAAAUCACAGGUCUAAUCCAGGAAGAAGAGAUGAAGCUGAGUGAAAGGGGAAUCAGCAGCCGGGGCUCCCCACCAAGUCCCUCUGAAAUCACCAAGCUGGAAAGCUCCAUGAGGCCAUUACUAGAGAAGAGCUUCUCUGAAGAGAAGGCAGACAGAAGGGGGAGGAAGCACAGAGACAGAGAUUUGGAUGACAGAGGGAAGCAACGCCCACGUUCUCUGUCAAUCCCUCCAGAUGCAUAUGACUCUGAUGAGGAGCUGGAAGAUAUACUUGAGGAAGAAGAAGAUGGGGGAGACUGGGAGGGUAAGCGAAAGGAAGGGAAAGAGGAGAAGAAGGAGAAGAAAAAGAAAGAAAAGGAAGCUGAGCCCACAGAGAUGACCGAUGAGGAGUUCAUGAGGAGACAAAUAAUGGAGAUGAGUGCUGAUGAAGACAAUGAGGAGGAGGAGGAAGAGAUGGAGGAAGAUGAAGAUGAGGAAGACGAAGGAUAUGGCUACCAGAAACCCAAGAAAAGCCACCAUAAGCACAUAAUCUCUGACUCAGGGAAAGAAAAGAGACGCCUUCAGCACCAUUCCAGUAGUUUUGAGGAGGAGACUAAGAGCUCUACUGAUGUCUAUAAAGGCUCACUAGAAGAGGGUGAGGAAGAUGUGAUGGCAUCGCAAGGAGGUCUGAGGCGCUUCAAAACAAUUGAACUCAAUAACACCAAUAGCUACAGUCGAGACAUCGAGCUGAGCAAUGAAAACGACUUAAGCCUUGAUCGGGAACCAGAGCUAGAGAUGGAGAGUCUGACAGGAUCUCCUGAGGAACGUUCUCGUGGUGACUACUCCUCUACUCUGCCACCCACUUCAUCCUCAUAUGGCUCUGGACAAUCUCCUACGUCCAUCUCAUCAAUGGAGGAAGAUAGUGACAGUAGCCCCAGUAGGAGGCAAAGACUGGAGGAGGCUAAGCAGCAGAGGAAAGCACGCCACCGCUCUCAUGGCCCUCUCCUUCCUACCAUUGAAGAUUCUUCAGAAGAGGAUGAACUCAGAGAGGAAGAGGAACUUCUGAGAGAACAGGAAAAGAUGAGAGAAGUGGAACAGCAGAGAAUUAGAAGUACAGCAAGAAAGACCAAGAGAGAUAAAGAGGAACUGAGGGCUCAGAGGCGCAGAGAAAGAUCCAAGACCCCACCUAGCAAUCUGUCACCUAUUGAGGAUGCGUCUCCAACAGAAGAGCUAAGACAAGCAGCAGAAAUGGAAGAGCUUCAUCGUUCCUCUGCUUCUGAAUAUUCGCCUCAAAGUCUUGACUCAGAGGCAGAGGGAUAUGAGUCCAAACUUUACAAGUCAGGAAGUGAGUAUAAUCUGCCAACCUUCAUGUCACUCUAUUCCCCGAUAGAGAAAACAACUGCAACCACCACCACAGCACCAUCUUCAACUUCCAAACCUCUGAAGAGUGCUGAGGAGGUCUAUGAGGAGAUGAUGAGAAAGGCAGAAAUGCUUCAAAAGCAGCAGAAACAACAACAGCAACAACAGCAACAUGGAAGACAUGGGCAGUACUAUGAGGAGGACAUUAAUGGGCAAAGUUAUGAUGAUGAGUAUGAAUAUGAGCAAGAUCAAACAGGAUAUGACAAUGAGGCAGCAGAGACAGAAACUGAUAUUUAUGAGGAGAUUAGACAAACAUCUCAGAACAUUACCAAGAUGCAACAGGCCACAGAUGAGCAAGUAGAGAUUGAAAUUGAGAGCUCUUACCCAGAUAAACAGCUCUUAGAUACAGGCUCAGCCUUUGCUAAGCUACUAGAGCAAAGUAAUGCUCUCCUUACACCAGGUACCAGUCCCACCCAGAUCUCAGCUCCUGUGUCCUUUGCUGAGACUGCAGGGCGAAUCCCUGAUGUCAGAGUAACACAGCACUAUUCUGCAAAGGAUGGACACAAAGAUAGACUCAAAACCCAAGCAGGAAAGAAUGGAAUAACUCCAACAGUGGCAGCAACCACUAUUGCAGCAUAUGGUGUUUAUGCUAGAGAUGCAGUAACUAUUUCUCAGACUGGUUCAAGCCAUACUGUUACAUCCACUCAGUCUGAAAUAGGUCGCAGGCAUAUGGGUAGUACAUCCGCAUCUUCAGCUACAGUCUCAAGCGUAUGCAGCAAGAUUGCAGAGAUUACCCAAGCCUACAGUCAAAGAGAAGUCAUUACCAGAAGGGUAGGGGAGACCAGGGGGAUCCAAGUGCGAGACAGCUCAACAUCUUCUAUUGAGAGAAUUAUUGAGCCCCGUUCUCCCAAGUAUACUACUUAUUACAGAAGCACCAGUCCUCCUCUUUCACCAUCACCACCACCACCACAGAGUCCCACUCGCUCUCCUUCAAGAAGAGCUACAGCUGAGUUCUCUACACAGACUUUCAGUUCAGCAUUGAGAAUGGAGUCAGCAGGCUCUGGUCCUACUUCACCAGUAAUGGCUCAGGGAACCCAAACAUCACAUCGAUCAGUUUCCCCUAGGCUCUAUCGACAGCAAUCCUCUCAGGAUGCCCCAUACUCCCCUCCUUCAAGCCCAGCUAGGCCAACGACAGUCAAUACUGCAACUUCCCCGCUGUCUUCUCCUACCCGAUUUAGCCGCCAAUCAACAUUUGAUACUUACUCUCCAUGUGGCAGCCCUCCAGACACACCACCUUACCACCACUCUCCUACACGGAGCUUUUAUCGUACACAAAGAGUGGAGAAAGUAAAUGUCGGAACAAGCAUGGUCACCACAGCCAGCAUAUACACCAGAGGGUCUGUUUCAAUGGAUAAUAUCUCCCUCUGUAGGAUAUCUACAGUCCCAGGGACUUCGAGGGUAGAGCAGGGCCAUAUGAUUCAUGGUGGAAGUGUUGUGGACCUUAGAACAGCUACUAAACCAGCUCCUAUUAUUAUGACUGACCAAGGAAUGGAUCUCACCUCCUUAGCCACAGAAAGCAGAAAAUACCAUGGUGGACCAGAGGGUAGCAGACAUUCAACGAUUGUACAGCCACUGAUUAUGAAUUUGAACACACAGGAAACCACCACACCAACCACUGUGAGUGUCACCGUAGCUGCUUCAAUGUUCAUGACCCAGCCAAAACAACCAACAGUUUAUGGUGAUCCACAUCAAAACCGGGUGGAUCUGGGACAAGGCAUGGGUUCAGCAGUUUGUCUCUCCCAGAAUAAACCAGUUUCACCUCCAACUGACCCAUCAAUACCAAAAAUUGAUGCCAAACUGGAAGACCUCAGUAUACAACAGAGAGAGCUUCAAAAACAACAAGAGAAGCUGCAGAAACAACAAGAGCUCCUGGAACAACAGUUGCAACACCACCAUCAGAUGCAACAACAGCAGCAACAGGCAUCUGUUUUAGCCAGGUACAACCUUACUGGCCCAAUCUCACCUUUACUGAAAAAAGAUUUGCUCGUCAGUCAGACAACCACUGCUUCAGCUGUGGUCAGUGCUGUAUCACCAAUCAUUAACCCUGAACUGUAUGGCGCUGGUCCAGUUGAACUCAAGGGAAAGCCCAGUCCUCCUGGUUUGAUAUCAGGGGGUAAAUCGCCACAUAGUAUGGUUGUACAAAUGGAUGGGGGCCCAGACCCAGCCAGGGCUGUGACUCAGCUCGUCAAGGUAGAAGAAGGACAGGAUGCUGUAGAUCUGACAGGAGGCCAAAUUAAGCCUGACAACCAACCAGCUUGCUGUGAUGUUGUUUAUCGACUUCCAUUUGGUGGAACCUGUGUUGGUGCUCCUGAGAAAGAAGGCAUAAGGCCUCCAUCUGCCCCACCUCUCACCUAUGAGUCUGACCAAGAAAGACAACCUGGAAGGUACCAUGAGUAUCCAAUGGAUGGGCGUAAGGCCUACACGUUACCUUUUCCUGGUAGGCUCCAGCCUUCAAUGUCUGAUACAAACCUUGCUGAAGCUGGGUUACAGUCUUACCAUUCUAAAGUGGAACCACAUCUCCAAGCUUCAGGAGAACUUGCCAUGGAUCUAACUGCUAUGAAACAGGGCUAUGGAGGAUAUGUGGGGAUGCAGUAUGGUUCCUAUACAGAUUUACGGCAUGGAGGAGACAUUGCAGCACAAACACUGCCUAUCAGAAGAUACAAUUCCUUGUCCAACAUCAGUUCAGAUUAUGGCUAUUCUGCGCGUGACAUUGCUAACUUCCAAGAAGCUAACUUGGCUCAGUACAGUGCCACAACUGCAAGGGAGAUUAGCCGAAUGUGUGCAGCACUCAAUUCCAUGGAUCGCUAUGGAAGCAACCCAGACUUGAUGCAGUUUGGCAGUUUGAGCAGAGGUACUGGGCCCAUGGCCUCCAGACUUGCAGCUGGUCUUGGCAUUAGGCAAAACCUUCUCUUUGGAUUAGAUGGGAAGCCAAUCUCUCACAGUCAAGCCUUAACUAAUCUUAUCAAUGCCAGGCAGGCAAGUCUAAGAGCCAUGUACCCCGCUGCUAUUAGAUCCUCAGAUGGGAUGAUCUACUCAACUAUUCAGACCCCCAUUGCUUCUACACUUCCCAUCACAACCCAGCCUGCCUCUGUUCUUCGACCACUAAUAAGAGGAGUCUACAGGCCAUACCUCUCUGCCAACAUGACACCAGUGCCCCUAUCUAGUCUUAGCAGGCUACCAAUGAGCCCCAGAAUGCCCUUAUCUGGACAAGCUGCAGUCCGUUAUCCAGCACCAGGCCUCCAAACAACAUCAGCCACUGACAUAAGUGCUGCUGCCACAACAACCUCAGCAACUGCAGGGGCCCUAGUGGGUGUUCCCAUGACAACUAGCUCAGUGGUCCAGGAUGAACCAGUUUACCUUGGCAAAGGUGCGACAGUGUCCUCUUCAUCAGCAGAGGUCACCUCGGUGCAAGGAACAGUUGUCAUACCAGCUGAUCAGCAGCAGCAGCCAAUAAACCUGUCCCAGGCACACCUGAGUAGCCAACAACAGAAACAAGUAACAACUGUUCAGCAGCCACAACAGCCUGCCCCUGCUGCACAUGCUUACCCACUUUCAGGUCCUGCACAAACACAUGGUUACACCCAACCUCCAGCAGUCCUGUCUGCCCCUACUGCUGGCUUACCAAUUCCAGGUGGUCUUCCUCCUUUCCCUCCACCAGGUGCCAUACACAAAGAGGGUGAAACUGAGGCAGAGAGACUGCACCGCCAGCAGGAGCAGCUUCUGCAGAUGGAGAGAGAGCGGGUGGAGCUGGAGAAACUCAGACAAUUGCGCCUGCAAGAAGAGCUGGAAAGGGAAAGGUUAGAGCUGAAGUUGCACAGGGAGAAGGAGCAGAUGCUGGUGCAAAGAGAGUUACAGGAGCUGCAGAACAUCAAGGAACAGAACAAGCAGUUGAAAAUCUUUCAACUUAAGUCUGUUAAACAGGUUCUGCAGCAGCAACAGCAUGAACGUGAGAAACAACUUGUUCUACAGCGGGAGCAGCUGGCUCAGCAGAAGUCCCAGCUAGAUCAGAUCCAGUCUUUACAGCAGCAGCUCCAGCAGCAGCUUGAAGAGCAGAAGAGACAGAAAACCGCUGCUGUCACCCAGAUCAUGCAGCUGGAUGGACAGCCGCUGCACCCCUACGCAGACUCUCAUAUGGGCUCCCGUUCUCUGCCCAACUCCUCGUCAGAGAUGUGCCUGAGGAGCCAGGAGGAGCAAAUGGAGGCCAGGACCAACAUGAGAAAACACAGCUCCAUGAGCAGACUGACUAGAGAUAGCUUGGAUGGAGAUGGCGUGGUGUUCUACGGCUCCCCCCGCAGGAUUGUGGAUAGCUGUGUGCAGACUGACGAUGAAGAUGGAGAGGAGAGGUACAUGAUGCGUCAUCGCACCAGGAGGCGUGGUCGCAGCGUUGACUGCUCUGUCCAGACAGAUGAUGACGAGGACAAGGCUGAGACAGAGCAUCCGGUCCGCCGAAGGCGCUCGCGUUUCUCAAGGCACUCUGAGUCCAGUGCAGCUGGCAGCAGCACUGCCACUACAGCCACCUUAGCUACUGAUACCAAAACUGACAAAAUUAAGAUGGUUUCCUCCAAUAUUGGCGUUCAGACAAUCAGGGAAAUGUCUUGCCAGACGGAAGUGGAGCACCUAGGAAGAGUCUCCCCAGCAAUCCAUGUGACAGUACCAGACCCUAACAAAGUAGAGAUUGUGCACUAUAUCUCUGGACCAGAGCGAACUCAAAAAGGACAAUCUCUAGCUUGCCAGACUGAUCCAGAAGCCCAGUCACAGGGAGUUGUAGCUCCACAGCUAAGCGUACCAACCACAGUCAGUCCAUAUUCGUCCUCUGCCGGUACUGGCACACAACAGUCAGGUUCUGACCUUCUCACCCAGCAACGCCAGCAGCAGAUUGCCGCAAAUGCUGCCAAAUUUGAGCGCCGACGCCCUGACCCACUCGACAUUAAUUACCAGCCUCACAACCAUCUCCACAAUGAAUCGAUCUCCAGCAUCAUUCGCCAGCAGCAAACAGCCCCCAAAUCUCCACAAGUCCUCUACUCUCCGGUCUCUCCGGUGUCCCCUCACCGCCUCAUAGAGACUUCUCUGUCAAGCGAGCGACUGAACAAGGCCCACGUAACACCUCAGCAGAAGUCCUACACAGCCGAAUCUCCCCAGCGACACCCCUCUGUGCCCCGACCCAUCAAGAGCACUCAGAGGUCAAUGUCAGAUCCCAAGUCUCUAAGCCCCACCACAGAUGAGCACACGAAGGCCAGGUUGUCCCUGUAUCAACAACAAGCACUUCAGAACCAGCUGGCAGCCCUACAGCAGAGCUCACUGCUCCGCAAGGUCAAGCGAACCCUGCCUAGCCCUCCUCCAGACGAGACUGUUACAUCAGCUCACCUGCCCAUGAUGACACCAGCCCUCCAACAGGUCUACCUGCCCUCCGUGCCCAGCCUCAAGCCCAGCUCCAGGUCUGGCCUGGCUGCGAAAGCCAGCCUCCUCAAAGACCUCACCCAUGAGCUCAAGGCCGUGGAGCAAGAGUCAACCAAGCUGAGAAAGCAGCAAGCUGAACUAGAGGAAGAAGAGAAAGAAAUUGAUGCUAAGCUGAGAUACCUUGAGCUGGGGAUCCACCAAAGGAAGGAGACAUUGGUCAAGGAGAGGGAGAGAAGGGAUAUUGCCUACCUGAGGUGUAUGGGGGACACCAGGGACUAUAUGUCUGAUAGUGAGUUGAAUAACUUACGUUUAGCAGCUGCAGCUGCGUCACAUGAGAGUAAUGGGCUACUAACAACCAGACCAAGCACCGCCCCUCUCAGCCAGUUCACCAGUGACCUCAACACCGCAGCCCAAUACCCACCCACCUCAUCCUUCCUUUCUUGUCAGUACCCCCAAAGCCAACCAGCAGCUCCAUCUCAGCAACCAAGUGUACCAUACCAGUCUGCAACAUUCAACCAGCCUCCCUACCCAACAGUGUCACAGUCACAGGCACUGCCACAACCCACUCCCCUUCAAACCCAUGCUCCCCCUCCUGGACCUACCUAUCAACCUCAAACCUCAUAUCCUUCUCACACCUACCCCCAAACUCAGCCCCCAUACCCCCAGACAGACAUGGGGUUACCAGCUGCACCUCAGCCUCAGCCUCAGCCAGGGCAUACAGGUUUUGGGCCAGCACCACCCGGUCAGCCACCAUACCCCACCCACAGCUCACCCUAUCCCAGCGCUGUGUCCUCCUACCCCAGCCAGACCACACCAUACCCUGGUCAGCCCCAAGCUGAUAUCCUCACAGUUCAUCCAGGAAGACCGAGGCAGACUUCAUUGGCCGAUCUAGAGCACAAGAUGCCCACCAACUAUGAGACUAUUAGCAACCCUACUGUUGUGGUUACCACUACUGCUCAGGAUGCUACCUAUUCCAGUGGAGCUCCAUCCUAUGCUCAGUACACUGCAGCAACAACCAUGGCAAGCUCGUAUGGGCCCUAUGGGUCAGCACCAGUGUCCAGCAGCUACGGUGGGUACUCAACAAUGCCCCCCAGUACAUAUGGCCAAUAUACUUCCACUACCACAAGUUCAUAUGGCCAGUAUACCACAACUACUGCUAAUACUUAUGGCUACACCACCACCACAGCCAGCUCAUAUGGACAGUAUACUUCCACUGUGUCCAAUGCCUACGGGCACUCUGUAGACAGUCCUUCCACCUACAGCACAGCAGAUGGGAUGUAUGGGGCUCCUGGUUUAGAGCAAAACAUUCCGAGGAACUACAUGAUGAUAGAUGAUGUUAGCGAGCUGACGGCAAAAGAUGGGCUGGGCACGAUGACAGGGGACAUGAUGCAUCAUGGCGGCAGUGGGCGUUACCCGGGCGACAUCCACAGCCACAGCAGCACCACUGGCACGACGCGUGGGGGAACUGGCAGCUCCUCUUAUGGCAGGGCACCCGAGGAGGAAGCAGCGAUGCAGGAAGAGCUGUACGACCACCAUGGCAGGGGUAAGAGCAGCUACAGGCACGGACCUCUAGGGGGCAGCAGCAGCGCUAGCAUGGGUGGGGGAUCCCCCUAUUUCUAUGACUUCGACUACAAACAUGGCAGCAUCCGCUCUGGGGUACAGAAACCUUCACCGUCCUCCAGAACCCUUCUGGCUCCUGCUGUCAUGUCAUCCAAGCGCAGCAAGCACAGGAAGCUGGGGAGUAUGGAGCAAAAAAUCUCCAAGUUUUCCCCGAUUGAGGAGGCACGGGAUGUGGAGGCAGACCUGGCCUCCUAUUCCUCAGUGACAGGUGCGGCUUACCCCUCCUCUCACAUUCGAGGACGCCAGCUGAUCGAGGAUUACGGUUUUAAGAGGAGUGCUUACGACAGUGGCAGUGGCACCACUCAUGGUAGUCGAUACUAUAGUAUGACGACGGAUGAGGACGAUCGAAUUUACUACACCUCCACUGGCCGUUCCCGCUCCACUGGCUACGGCAUGGACAAGAUCUCAGCCAGGGACUACUCCGGGUAUCGCAGCCGAUCCUAUGAGAGGGACGACCGCUCCUAUCGAUCUGGCUACAGGGGGCGCCAUCCAACCCGACAAUACUCUGAAGAGGAGAGUCCCCUGAGUCCUUUGGGGAGGUUCAUGGGUUCUGGGCGAUCGUCAAGUUUAGGUCCCGACCCGUAUGACAGUCACAGCGGUAGAUAUAAAUACUAUUAUGGCCAUUAUGGUUCCAGUCACUCGCUGCCAGAUGUUCAAGACCACAUAAGGGACCUUCCCCGGACACACGUCUACAAAUCGGAUGAUACAUACUUUAUAGACGAUUAUCAUUGCGCUGUGUCAGACAGCGAAGCCUACCAUCUGGGCCAAGAAGAAACCGACUGGUUUGAGAAGCCACGCUCCAGUUCUCGUCACUACGGUAGCAGCCACUCUGGGAGGAGCCGGCACAGUGUCAAACACACCUACCAUGAUUAUGAUGAGCCUCCUGAGGAGGACCUGUGGCCCCAAGAUGAGUAUGGCCACACAGGGCGACACUCAUCAUCUCGCGACCACAGACACCAUGGCAGUUCUAGCCGCCAUUCUUCCUCCUCACGUCAUUCAGAUGAACCUAGGUCCUCAAGAUCCUCUAAGGGGCACCCCAAAGACCCAUCUAUGCGCCAUGAUCCCUCAGGAAGAUCUUCAUCUACAGGAAGACGUGUUGACUCAAGAUCCGGUGGGUACCACUCUUCCGACUACUCCCGCGACUCAUCUGGGCAUCAUCAUGGCCAGCGUUCCUCCAGACAGGGCGACCCACACAGGUCUUCACGUAGCAAGUCCCAGGGUCCAGUGGACAUGCAGGGGCAGCCACCAGGCUCCUCAAGGUCUGGCAGUGGCUCUGCUAGGGCUCAGGGAUCUGCUGGUGGGCCUACGGGAUCAGGACGGCAAGGUGGCCCGGGUUCCCAGACAGAUGGGGCUCUGGGACAGAGGGCUCAACUCCAGCAGCAAGCCCAGACUUCAGCAACCAGACCAGGGCAGCCCGGUGCCACAACAACCAACAGCUCCCAGCAGCAGCCCCAAGCCCAAGGACAAGGCAUGGGCAUGGGAAUGGGAAUGGGAAUGGGAAUGGGAAUGGGACAGGGCCAGGGCCAGGGCCAGGGCCAGGCCAAACCGGGGCAGAUGGGACCAGCAGGUGGACCCAUGGGCCAAGCCAGGCAGACAGGUCCAACAGGAACCACAACAUCCACAAUUCCCAAGAUCGACACACCUCCAGCAACAGCUAUUGGAGCAAAAGCAGCACCUGUCUUGGCCUCAAAGACUGCCCAGCCCCCGCUCACAGGCAUAGGCUCCAAAGCUGCUCCUAGACCUGGUGGUAUUGGCAGUGCUGCAGCAGGUCAACCGGGCAUGGAAGGAGAAGGCAUGUUUUCCAAGAUCCUGCCUGGAGGAGCCGCCGAGCAGGCUGGCAAACUGGGAGAAGCGAUCUCUGGUUUUGGCAAGAAGUUCACCUCUUUCUUCUGAGGUGCUAAGAUUAAGGACUAUUCAAACAGCCAUGAGGCCUCAUACCAGAAAAACCUGUUGCGUUCCCCCUGCUUUUAUUUUACUAAAAGAGAGAGAGAAAGGAGAGAGAGAGAGCGGGGAACAGAGAGGAGAGCUGAGCAAACUGCCAACAAGGACUGAAAUCCUCUGGAUGCUUCAUGUUACCAGCUUGUGCACGCACUGGAAGAGAGAAUACACCACUCUCUCUGACAGGCCAGACAAUAAAGUCCAAGCCAGGAUCCAUCUUCUGAAGGAGUCUCUUCAUCCAUCCGGAAGUCCCAGCCAAAGAAGCAGAUGUGAAUACUGCAGAGUCCUUGAACCAACCAACCCACAGUUCUUCCAAAUCCAAAAGAGCAACUGGGAGCUAAAAUUGGUCUUUGCUUUUGGUUUUCCUUGGAGAUCUCCACAGCUGAGGGAGACACGUGGAACCAACUCAGGCCCUCCAUGUAGAUUUAACAUCAGUGGACGGAAAUAUGGUUGGUGUAUAUGGGUGAUGCAGUUCUGUUGUCAUGGGCUGAUGUUCAUUCCCGCUAACAGCGUAUAGGAAAUGCUGGCUUUACCAAGCUGGUGGCAUGCAGGAAUCUUUGCAUUCAUAGUCCUUUGCUAAAACAAGGAAAAGUAUCAACCAAACUCCCCUCUCUCCUCUUUUCCGUCUCUUUUCGAAGUAAAGAAAGCGUGGGGCAAACGGAUUAAACCGUUGGAGAACUGCAGGUUUUUCUGGUACUAAAGACUUCUUGUUUGCUGACAAAAUGAAGAAACAGAAACGUCUCUCUGAAUGAAUAAGACGAUGACAAUGACUUGGCCGACACAGAGGGAGCGUGUUGGCAUGCAUUUCUUUCCACGGUUUGCUCUGUUUUUAUCUACAUUCCAGAUCGGAACAGUUCCCUCUUCCUCACCUCUCUGCAUUUCUUGAAUGCCGAUUCUUCUUUCUUUCCAGUCCCCGUCAAACGAUCCACGCCACGCCAUGUCUUUAAAGAAGUGGAUUUAAAAAAAAAAAAGAAAGAAAAAGAAAGGAAAAUGUAGAAAUUUGGAAUGCAUGGAACUUUAUAUCCAAGACCUUACACUGUUCAUCGUUACUUAACAGAGGCCAUAAAGACACUGGAAACACAUCGACAUAAACAGUAACGAAAAAGAGAGAUUACUGAAGCAACACACAAGAAUCCGGCCACGGGAAUAAGAGGAGCAUUUACUUUUAUUGUGUUUUUGUUGUUGUUUGUUAUGUUCGGUAUGUAGAAUGAAGCUAUAAAUGGUUGGAUUAUUUAUUUAUUUAUUUUUUAACCAGCCAUUGCAAAGCCAUUAAGACAAUAUUAGCCUGCAGUGCUUGUGGCAAUCUCUGCAAAAUUUGUUUCUCGGAUACUGCUCGUGUUGUCAUAGGUGGUUGUCACUUUUGUUGAUUUCUUUUGAUUUAUUUAGUUUUCUAAUCUAUUUUUUUUAAUUUGCCUGGUUUUAUGUUGCAGGUUACCAGUAUCGCCUUAAUCAUUUUUACAUGUUUUAUUUUCAGGUAACAGUGGCAUACUUUUUUAUGAUAUCCUCUAAACACAUCAUCCGUCACAUCCUUUGUUUUUUUUUAUGUAGUAACAUCAGCUGGAACACUGGCCACAGAGAGAUUAAUUUCUAUUUUUUUAAAUUGACAUUGUUUUGAUAAUUUUUUGUGAUAUUAUUUUUCAUUUCUAUUUUUCAUUUUCUAUUGGUUUUUUUUACCCCCUUCCAUUUGAUUUUUCCUGACUCUUUAUUUAUUGUGAAUAAUUAUAAAAGCAAUAGGGCAAGAGGCGAUGAAGUAAAGAGCACAAUCAUGUGUCAUUUCAAGAGUUGGUGGAAUAGAAAUGUGUUGCCUCCGUCUGUCUAACUUACCACCGAUGUCUGACUUAAAAGUACCGCAAAAUUCACUCUUUACACUGCUGUGCCAGAGAGCAGGAGUUUGCCUGAUCACCACAAGUCCGCCCAGAUCUUUCCCUCCGACCGGCAGUAACCUGUUUUGGAGUGUUACACUGCUACAUAAGCCAGCUGGAGUCUGAUCGAAAAGCACUGCAGGGCAGCACAGAGGCACUCGAAAAGCAGACCAGUCCACACACUGAGGCAGAGCUGAACUUGACGUCAUUUCCCGUCGGGAGUCAGGGGAAGGGGGAGUUGUUUGUGCCCGAGGACGAUUCUUCCGGCCACUUCAAUGCUCCUUUUAGGGAGGCUGGAAAAGGCUCAUCCGAGCUCUUCGCACUCAAGUUCUUGUCAGCAUGCGCCUUCACUCUGUCAAAUGUGCACAUGAAAGCACACUCUAAAUGGUGUCAAAAAGGGAAAAGAAUUGUGACUGAAGAACCAGAAAUUAACACACUUGGUUGUGUCACACAAAGUCACUUGCCUCCCCCCCCACCACCUUUAACUUUCUAUCGUUGGUGGCAUCGACAACUCUACCCCCCUCCCCCCAAAAAAACCCUCUCUCUGAGACUGCCAGCUGUCAAGGAAUCUUCUCAGGUCAGUGUUCUCCCUGUUGUUGCUCCUGCAGUGUAUUGUGGGGUCUGUGGUAAGGUACUCAAAAUGUACUCUGUCAGGCCAAUCAUCGCGAGGCCCUCAGCAAAACUAAAUGGAACCAACCAACUUCUGCUGUAUAUUGUCUGUGUGAACGCUCGCUGGGAACCUUCGCAUGCGUCCCGGCGCAGAAAACCUCAGUCACCUCUAUAUCGUUCUGUUCCUAAUGUUUGUACGUGUGUGCGGGUUCUGUAUGCGUGUAUUUAACAACCAUCAUCUAAUGUGGAGGGGAAAGGAACACAAAAAAAACCCCUGGAAAAAAACAAGACAACCAUGAGUUUAAUCAUGACAAAUAUGUUGGGCAGAAGAGGCGACCUCUCAUCUCCAGUCGUUCUAUGCAAUGAAUCAUAUUUGGAAAAUCACGAAGAGGAAAAGGCAAGUGAAACACACAGAUUGGGGGGGAAAGUCACACGUGUUUUUUUGCAUAUCACAUUUGUUUUGAUAUCUGUGGUAGAUUAAUAUAAGAGGAUUCUGUGAAUUUGUGUAUGAAACUGGUUAAUUGUAAAGGAAAUCUGAAGAUGGAUCUUUCUUUUUUUUCAUGUUAACCUAAAUGUUUGGGGUACCUUUCUGCAACCAAAGAUGUAUUCAUGGCAGCUGGGAAAUUACACCUAUGAUUUGAACAAAAUAUGCUGCUUGAUGAGUUAGAUGCAUCAGGCUGUUCUCUAUCAAAUGUUAGGCAAAGCUGAUGAAGUGUGCAAUUUCAUAUUUUUAUACAAAGUGACUCUUCUUUUUUCCAGCCAAUCAGUAGCUCACAUAGAGAAGAGUCAAAACCUGCUUACCAAUGAACACAAAC